AUGCUAAGUGUUUUCUGUGUCUUUUUUCAGUGUGUCCACAGAGAUGUAAAACCCGAAAACAUUCUUAUUACUAAAGAUGGUGUUAUAAAGCUCUGUGACUUUGGAUUUGCCAGAAUCUUAAGUGAGUUGACUUAAUCAUAUUGAAACAGACAAGUUGCAGCAACACGUUGCUUCGACACAUCGCAGAGACAAAUUUCUUUGUUUGUACUGGAGAAUUUUUGUGAAAAUCUUUGUCUCUUCAACAGAAUUUUGUCACUGCAACAAGUCUCACAAAAUCGAAUCAGACUGAAUUGGUGCGAUUAUAAUGUUGCAGUAAAAUUCUGUUGCCGAGACAAAGAUUUCCACAAAAAUUCUCCAGUUCACACAAAGCAAUUUGUUACUGCGACUGUCAUGCAACCUGUUUCAGCAGCUUAUCUCCUGACCUGUGCAUACAGAGUGAUAUGUCACCAAGACAUGUUGCAGUGACAUAACACCCAGUGUGUCCUUAAAAUGAGGCAAGUACAAUUGGAGCUUGUGCAAAAAUGAAGUAAAUUGGCACCACAGAGAAAAUGGUGCCCAUUCUUUAUUUUUUCCAAUAACUAAAAAAUAAACAACUUCCCUUUGUAUUCUUACUUUCUGUUAUAGCUGACAAACUGUUAAAAACUGAUUGUGCCUCAAUGUCAAGUGAACAGUAACCGUUAGUUUUAAUGUAAACCUCUGAAUUGAAGUAUGGCACCUUGUUAAAAGAUUUGCAAUGCUCAUAAUAUAUCAUGGAACUUCUCCUUAUUACUUUAUUUUCUUGGACUUUUAGCAAAAAAUGAUGAGUGUACAGACUAUGUGGCAACACGGUGGUAUCGUGCACCAGAGCUUCUUGUGGGCGAUGUACAGUAUAGCUUCCCAGUGGAUGUGUGGGCGAUAGGAUGCGUAUUUGCCGAGCUUAUAACAGGCCAGCCAUUAUGGCCAGGCAGAUCAGAUCUUGAUCAAAUACACUUGAUCAGAAAGACAUUAGGUAUUUAUAAAGUACAUGUACAGUACUGAAUACAUGUACAGUGUAACUGAGGGUUUUAUGUGUAUUGGGGAUCUGGCAUUGUACUCAAAUUGUACUGCCAUCAAUGCUUGCAAAAGCAGUGAAACAUUUUCAAAACUGUUGAACUUGUUUUGAAAAUAAUUUGGGUCUCUUGACAUACUGGACUCCCCAAUCUUGUCUUUAUACCUUUUUUAAGGUGGCUGAACACAGUUUUGCGGGCGGUCAGCGGUAACUCGGGUGACGGAGAGUGUUUUAACUUAGACAAACAAACAUGGCGGCGAAAAAGCAAUGGUAAACAGAAGACAAUUUCUCCAAAGUUACUCAUUAAAAUUUUGUGAUAUUUGGAGGAAUUUUUACUUUUAUCGUGUUUUAGAUAAUGAGAACUUUAAAAUGGAAGUUGAACAGACGAUUUUUGUGACACAUUUAAUAAUUACAGUACAAUUAUAUUACUGAUUAUCUAAAAACCCCUAUGUUAAAAUUUGGUCAAAUAAGUUUCAAAUGGUAAUGAUUAAUUAUAGUAAGCUAUGUGCAAGUUUAUAGGAAAAUCUAAUGAGUGAAUUUUCUAUAAACUGAGCAAAAGUGAAAUUUUAAGGUUGUAUUCAAUCAUUCGUGUUGCCAUGGAAACUACGAAAAUGCCAAAUUUUACCUGUCAAUCAAAAUCUUUCAUCAGUAUAUUUUUCACUUGCCAAGUUUCAGCUUGUGAGAUGCAACCCUUCUCUUGCCAUGAUUUGGCAAAUGACAUGUACUCACAAACUGCCAAAAUUGUGUUCAGCCACCUUAAUAACAGAGCAAGUUUUGAGCUUUUUUCUGAGUGCUGUAAUAAUAAUGAUAAAUGAUAAUGAAAAUAAAAUAAUGAUAAUAAUAAUCAACCACCUAAGUGCAAAGAAACUAGAAAUGAAUGUUAGGUACAACAAAGAACUGCUUGCAAAAAAAUCUGGCCCUGGGUCCUGAAUGGCAGAUUAGUGCUAAUCCAGGAUUAAAAAUUUUGUUCCAUUUUUGUUUUUCUAUUUACCUUCCUAUGCAUUGCUCAGAGUAAGAUUCUGUGUUAUCAUCACUGAAUCUCGAAGUUAAGACACAACAGUAUUUUGUAAGCUUGAGUGACAUGUUUGUCGACGAGAAAACCUUCUUAAAAUUUGGCUUAAUCCUCGGUUAAUCUUAACCAUCUUUCGAGGAACCUGGCCCAGAGCCCCCAGUGGGAACUUCCAGGUAGCACUUUACAGUAAAACACUGAUGAACCUCUGGCAGCCCCCCCCCUCCCUCCCCCCCUUGGUUAACCCUUCGAAGUCCCAAGAGUGACCAACAUCAAUUUUCUCCUAACAAUAAAUAAUACACAAUCAAGAGAAUAGGUUGUGAGAGUUGAUAAAAUAAUAAAAUAAUCACCUGAAAAAAACAAUGCAUUCAUCUUUUAUCAAAUUCUCUUUACACAUUCUUUAUGGAAAUGUAUAGAGACCAGUUUGGAGAAUUUGUAUGUGGAUAUUGGGAUUUAAAGGGUUAAGAAACCAUUGGCAAGGCAAAAUAUUUAAUAAGGGCUGCAUUGCUCUUUUAAGUGAACACAGGCCAUUAACUACUGCAUAUAUGCUAAUAAGUGCAUGUUUUGUUGGAAUGCACUUGCAGGUGAUCUUACUGAGAAGCAAAAGAAGAUAUUCAGAGAAAAUAAAUUUUAUCAUGGAUAUACAAUACCAGAGCCAAAAGAAAUGGUAAGAAAGUUAAUGCAACAACUUACUUUCAGUAGCACUCGAUCUCUUUUCUCAUGGCUGCAGCAUUACAACUUUCAUUGUUGUAGGAGAAAAGUUGAACCUAGAAGUACAAGUGUCUAUUAUUUGGUUUUCUUGUGCUGCAGUGUAUGCAGAGGAUGUAAGCAAAGUAAUUUGAUUUUGUUUCAGGACCCUUUAGAAUCCAAAUUCAAGCUACCAAGCACAGCUAUGAAUUUUAUGAAGGUAUGUGGAUAUACACUUCGUUAACUGAAUUCCAGUGCAUUUGGUGUUGUGGCAUCAGUAGUUAAAGGUUGAAAGAGUAGUCAAUGAUUUGCUUUGAUUUUAUCUGUAUAUAGGGGUGUUUUGAAAUGGAUCCUGAACAGCGGCUAACUUGUGCUGAGCUUCUCGCACAUGCAUAUUUUGAUGAUUAUGAACCAAUGAGAGCUCCUGCUGUUAAAACGAGAAGAACAAGGGUAGGUUCUUUCAACCAAACGCGAGAUUUUCGACAAAAGAAAUUCACAAAAAUUUCCACAUUUCAUUUAAGACGAUAAUUUCAUCCACAGAUUCAAAAAUUCGAACCACCUUAUACAUUUUUAUAAACAGCACCACAGGAAAGAACUCCUUAUACCGGUAGCUUUCAUUUGAAUGGUCUCACCAUAGGAUUUCAUCCACAGACUCAAAUGUUAGAACCACCUUUUACAGCAUAAUAAACAGUACCACAGGAAAGUACUGCUCAGUAGCUUACAUUUGAAUGGUCACACCAUAGGAUUUCAUCCACAGACUCAAAAGUUGGAGCCACCUUGUACAGCAUAAUAAACAGUACCACAGGAAAGUACUGUUCAGUAGCUUUCAUAUGAACGGUCACACCAUAGGAAUUCGUCCGCAGACUCAAAAGUUAGAACCACCUUGUACAGCAUAAUAAACAGUACCACAGGAAAGUUCUGUUCAGUAGCUUUUUUUCAAAUGGCUACACGAGGAUUUUGACGAUAACAGCACAGUAUUUUAAACGACAAGAACUUCGCGGUAGCCUUCAUUGAAUACAUUCAGUAACUCUAAUAGAUUAUUUUCUUUCCUUGCUUGUUUAGCAACGAAUUAAACCUUCGUCAGAUAAUGAACCUCCCUCGCAUCACUUACCUCAGCUUGCCACGGAAUCACCAGCUCCGGAUAGAACAGGUAAGGAAGCAUAA